AUGAUUAAACUCUGGAAUUACAGCAAGACGCCAGAGCGUGGAGUGAAAGACGUGGAUAUUUAUUUAGAUGACUUGCACUUGUUCUCUGGGACGCUCAAGAAGGCGCCGAUGGCUGAUGUCCAUGCAACUGGUAGUCGAUUUGGGAGGGUACACAAAGUGACAGAACAGUUCGGACAGCCGGUGUUGUUCUCUUGCAGUCAGGCUCAAGUGGAUGCAGAAAAGAGGAGUGUUUAUUACUGUGGUGUCGAAGAACAAGACGUCCUGGGGAUCAACGAAGGACAAGUCAUGCAAGAGUCACGGGCGAUGUACAGGAAACUGGACCCGGGCGCGGAAGGCGUCAUUGUUGAUCUCGAUCUUCGUCCCAUGACGGCUGUGUGUCGACAGUGACGAGAGAUAUUAAAUAAAUUAUUCUUGGAGAUCCCGCAUACGUCGGUACCAACGAUACGCUCAGAGUAUGAACGGUGGAUAUUAAACGAUCAAUUCAAUUCUAGGACAUGUCGCUGCACCUCCACGUACCACUGCGCCAUGGCGGGGAUAUCGCCCUCUAGAACUGCGGCCAUUCUGUGCUGGCUUCCAGAUAAUGAAGGUUUCGCUAAGUGAUGAGGGCUGUUUAGGAAGUCCACAGACUCU